UAAGAACACUCACCAACUAUCCCAUAUUUGUUGCAUCUUCUCUUGACUCUUGGAAAAAUCUUUUAGAAACGCUGAAUAAUCCAAUGCAUGGACAAAGUCAUGGUGCAAACACUUUUUUACUUCACAGGACUUAUAUAUAUUCUCUGAUUCCUAUCUAUCUCUCCAACCUUGCAUUCUUCUCAAGCUAAGCUUAUUACUAUAAUACACUAACAAUGGAUUGUUCAUUUCUUUUGAAAUUCUUCUUUUUACAUAUUGUUCUUUUGUUUGGAUUUCUUGGUGACAACAUAAUGUAUGCAAGUGAGCCUCAAUUAACACUUGAUUACUAUGCAUCAACUUGUCCUACUGUGUUUGAUAUUGUUAGGAAGGAAAUGGAAUGUUCAGUUCUUUCUGAUCCUCGUAAUGCCGCCUCGAUUGUUCGGCUUCACUUCCAUGAUUGCUUUAUUCAGGGAUGUGAUGGAUCGAUCUUGCUCGACGAUACAAUCACACUUAAAGGUGAAAAGAAAGCAGCUACCAACAUCCAUUCUUUAAAAGGCUUCGGAGUUAUCGAUCAAAUCAAGAACUUUGUUGAAUCAGAGUGCCCUGGGAUUGUUUCUUGUGCUGAUAUUCUCACAAUUGCAGCUAGAGAUGCUGUGAUUCUGGUUGGUGGACCAUAUUGGGAUGUUCCUGUUGGAAGGAAGGAUUCUGUGACUGCAAGUUUUGAACUUGCUAACACUAAUCUUCCAACUCCUGAUGAGAGCCUUGUCUCUAUCAUUCCUAAGUUUCUUUAUCAAGGCCUAUCAGUCACUGAUAUGGUUGCCCUUGUUGGAGCCCACACAAUUGGCAUGGCAAAGUGUGAGAAUUUUCGAUCCAGAAUAUAUGGAGACUAUGGAUCAACUUUAGUGAAAAAUCCAAUCUCAGAUAAUCAGUUCAACAACCUUAAAUCUAUUUGUCCAGCAACUGGAGGAGGAGACAAUAACAUAACAGCAAUGGACUAUGUGACGCCUAAUCUCUUUGACAAUUCUUUCUACCACUUACUAUUAAAUGGAGAGGGAGUUCUUAACUCGGAUCAAGAAAUGUACUCGAGUGUUUUUGGAAUCGAAACAAGAGAGCUUGUCAAGAAAUAUGCAGCAGACCCUUUGGCUUUCUUCCACCAAUUCUCUGAUUCAAUGGUGAAAAUGGGAAAUAUAACAAAUUCUGAAAGCUUUGUCACAGCAGAAGUUAGGAAAAACUGCAGAUUUGUGAACACAUAAACUUUUAUUUUUGUGUUUUAUGUAUCUUUGUUUUGUUUCGACAUACAAUGAACCACUAGUUUUAUAUAUUAAAGCCAUAGCAAGCUGAUACAAUGAUAUGUCACAUUUAAGAAAACAAUUAUAUAAUGAACAGAAGAGUUAUUUUA